CUAUAUAACGGAGCCAGGAACCAAACGGUGGUUUAACUGAACGUUUGAAACAAUGGACUCUCGUGUUGUUUUCAUAUCGUUGUUAUUUUUUAGCUGCAUUGCUUAUGUUCAACCGGCAUCAUCAUUACCAUGUAGAAAAAUUAGAACAAUCGUAAACGGGCACAAUCAAAGGAGAUUACAGUUGGCUGAGGGCAGGGUCCACAAACAACCGGCGGCGUCAGAGAUGAAAUAUAUGAUAUGGGAUGAGGAAUUAGCUGCAAAAGCUUCAAAAUGGGCUUCGAGAAACAAAUUUGAACAUAAUCCUGACAGAACUAUUGGUUCGAAUAGAUUCACAACAGGUGAGAACAUAUAUUGGCAAGGUUCAACGGAUAAAAAUCUCAAGUUUAACCCGGAAAAUGCUUUGAAUUCGUGGUUCAAUGAACAUAAGGACUAUACAUACGGACCAUUAACUUCUGAACAGAUGCAAUCUAAGAAAAUGGUUGGACAUUAUACACAGAUGGUCUGGUCUGAUUCUGUGUACAUUGGCUGCGGCUUAUCUUCUGAACAGAAAGAUGGCUGGAUAUACUAUUAUUUCGUUUGCAAUUAUGGGCCAAGUGGGAACUACUUAGGAGAAAAACCCUAUCCGUCUGGAACACCGAGCGGACAUCUUACUUGUUCUAUAGAUGAUUGCAAACUGCCUUCUGGUGAUAAAUGCUAUUGAGUCGUAAUUUUAUAGAAUUAAUGUAAUUAAUGCCUAAUUUGUGGAAAUGUGUGUUUUGCUGUAAACAAAAACUUAAGAGAUCGAUACAGUACAUUUCUACAUAAAAAUAUUUACACAGGUAUUGAAUGAUAAGAAUAAGAUGGUAUUGAAAUAGGAAUGUAUAUUGUAUCAGAUAUAGAUAUGAAUACCUACUGAAAUAAAAAUAAUAGGAAUAAGAUA